UUCGCCAGGUGUAAACAAAAAGUUCGAAUUAAUAAUCGUGGAACAGCUAUUUAUCAUGGAUUAAACUGAUUCGUUGACGGAAAUUAUGAACCGAUGUGUAGGGCACGCGUUUGCCUUUAAAUGAGUAACGGUGCUUCUAGUGAAUUGGAAAUAACGGUGCACAUGUUAUCAAUGACGUAUCAUUGUUGACAACAUUACAGUUGAUUGUUGUGAUACAGUACUGUAAUAAAUAUUUUUUCCGAAACAAUGGGGAAAGAACUUGAUUUAAUAUUGGCUGUACGCAACCAAGAUUUGCAUUUGAUUACAAAACUGCUGCAGAAAAAUUAUAAAUCGUCCUCAAAAUUGAGGCCGAGAGGGUCAUCCAAGAAAGUCAAUGUCAAUUAUCAGGAUGGAGAUGGCAUGUCUGGCCUUCACCAGGCAGCGCUUAUGGGACACACGGAGAUCAUGCAGCUACUCCUCCGCAAUGGUGCCAAUGUCAACCUCAAGGACAACAAAGGUAUGAUAGCGCUACAUUAUGCUGCAUGGCAGGGGAAGUUGGAGCCCGUGCAUGUGUUACUCGAGUGGCGGUCACACACCAAUGAGCCUGCAGCUGCUGGGGAAACUCCCCUCCACCUCGCGGCACAGCAUGGACACUUUGACGUGGUGAACCUGUUGCUACUGCACCAGGCAAGCCCCCUGGCCCCAAACAAGGACAGAAAGACGCCGCUUCACCUUGCUUGCGAGUUUGGCAGAUACAGGGUUGUGGACCUGUUGUUGAGGAGUAACUUGUGUUGCCCACUCCUGGUGGACAGCUGUAGUGAUCUGGCUGAAAACAGGCCAACCUGUCUCCACCUUGCUGCAAAAAAUGGACACAGUGACAUCAUUAGGUUGUUGCUGCAGGGUGGAAUGAACGUGAAUCGGUCGACGCCGCAGGGUACCUGUCUUCACGAGGCUGCACUCUUUGGGAAAACUGAUGUUGUCCGUCUCCUGUUAGAUUGUGGUGUAGAUGUGAACAAGGUCAACUCAUACGACCAGACGGCCCUUGACAUCGUGAACAAAUUCACCGCCAACCGCGCGUCCCGCGAAAUCAAAGAGAUCUUGAAAGAGGCUAGUUUCUGUGUGCAGGCGAAGGCUGUGCGGGAUUACUGUAACAUCGCCAACCCUGCCACGCUCACUUUCCGCAAUGGUGACCUCAUAAAGAUAGUGGAGCAGCGUCAGGAUGGUAUGUGGCGGGGUUCACUUGUACGGGACGGUGGUUCCGGACAGACAGGAUGGUUCCCUGCUGACCAUGUCGUCCUCAUAGACACAGGCGGUGGGCGGAAACCGCUGCGAUCCAGUUCCUCCUACUCCACACCACCCUGUACGCCUGACAAGCCCUCAGCCCGCUCCAGCAGUUUCUCCUUCAAUGGUAUUCAUCCACCUCUCACGUCGAGUCGAAGCUCAUAUGGAAGUAUUGGCCAUGACGAGGCAUUUCCUCCCCCACCCUCUCCAACAUGCAUCAGCAAGUUCCAACACACCGGUCACACAAGUAAUCGAACAGGUAGUGAGAUGGAGUCCGUACUGGAGGCUGAGCCCACCCUAUUCCCACCCCCGCCUAUAUUUGUCACCCAGCCGCCCUGCGACCCUGACACUCUAGAUGAGGUUGGGGCUGAUUUGAUGUCGAUGCCCCCUCCCCCUCCCCCGUCCUACCAGAACUAUGUCAACAACAACACACCCCAGGCAGUGGUGAAUGGGAAGAUGCAAGUAAACCACGUGGGUGACCACCUGUAUGUGGAUAAUGUUGAGCCCGCAUAUCAGAACAGCUGGGAUGCCCGGUCAGCAAGCCCUGCGGGCAGCAACCGUAACAGCUCUGCCAGCACUGACAGUGGCCGGGGACUCUCCACCAACUACCUCGAUCCUAAGGGUCACCACAACUAUGUGAACGUGCAUGUGAGCAACCAGUAUCGGCUGUCGGGGACGAGUUACGAGUCUGGGGUAUCCUCCCGCCAGAGCUACCACAGCACGUCCAGCUCGAGCGUGGGCAGCCUCGACCGUCUGGAGGAGAGCGGGUACUCCAGCCAGGUCAACGUGGCCGAACUCUUCCAGGCUGGUCUGCCGGACCAUGAAGUUCUGCGUGCAUGGUUACGUGACCUGAAUUAUGAGGAAUAUUACCAGAACUUCAUGUCCGCGGGCUACGACAUGGCGACCAUCACGCACAUGACACCCCAGGACCUCACAGCAAUCGGCAUCUCAAAGCCAGGACACAGAAAAAAAUUAAAGGCCGAGAUUGCCAGGCUUAACAUAAAUGACGGCAUCCCUGACUUCAAACCCAAUGAUCUGCAUGAUUGGUUGAGGAUGUUGAACCUGGAGCAGUAUUACAGCACACUGGCCAAUCAGGGCUAUGAUAACAUUGACUAUGUGACGGACAUCACAUGGGAGGACCUGGAAGAGAUAGGCAUACAGAGGCUAGGUCACCAGAAGAAGAUAAUGCUUGCCAUUGAUCGUCUCAAGAGGAUUGUGUCUGUCUCCAAGCGUCUGUCCACAAUGGACGGUACAAACCGAGACUCUGUGGAGGUGCUGGAGCCGGCAGUGGCAUGUGUGCGCUGGUCCGGGGAGCGCUCCUCCCCUCCUCCCCCUGCCCCACCCCAGUACAAUGAGCUUCCUCCCUACCUCAAACCUCGACGCUCAUCUUCCGGUGACAGUUUGAGCACAAACUCCAGUGGGGAAAUGAAGUCCAUGAACCAGCCCCUGGAGUCAGAAUACGCCAACACCAGCAGUCUACAGUCCAAAGCUCCUGCCGUGGUUCCCAUCCAGGUGAAGCGCUCUAUGUCCCAGUCCACCCCUAACAGUGUGAGUGAGCGGGAGCCCGGCAGCCAUCCUAAGAUGUGCCAGUCCUUCCACAUGCCGCCUGACCGCACCUCCGACUACUCCGACCGGGAAAACACGCCCACUGGAGACGACAUGAACAUCGUGUCACCUGCAUCUGGUGUCGCUGUGGCUCCACUGGUCGCAGCCAAGCCUAAACCUGUAGCCAUGAUUGUAGCCAAGUGUAAACAUUCUAGUCGAGAAGGGUCACCAGAUAUCAUUGAUAUAGAAAAACAUGAAGCUGAGAAAAAUCUGGAUGGAUACAAAAGUCCUGUUCAAAACCUGGAAGGAUUUAAGUAUCCACUUUCCACGGGUAAUGGGAGCUUAAAGAGGAGAACCAGUGAUAAUAUUUAUGAUGUUCCCCAGUUGGGGCCUCCCCGCACUGUCCAGAACUAUGUCAACUACCCUCCCAUGUCCAUGUCUGGGGCUUUGCCCAUGUCCGGGCACCAGGUACAACCCAGGAUAGGUAGCCCGCUGCACGUGACGACGGGGUUCAACUAUCCCCAGCAGGCAGGCUCCCCCCGGGCCUCUCAGCAGAACUCCCCAGGAGGACGGGCGAAGAAAGCCCCACCUCCCCCACCAAAGAGGACAGCAUCCAUCAAAUCCAUGGAGACUGUAAAUAAAAACAUGGGAGGAGUGAAUCAAGGUCUAAGUACGAUGUCAAGUAGUGGAGCGAUGACAUCAGUGCUGUCCCCUCCCCCCAUUCAACAGAAACCUCAGAUUGCCCAGGCACAGUCUCAGGCCUUUGUGAACUGUGUCCAGAGCCUCUCUGAGAGGUUUGGCAAGAAGAGUGAGGACACAGGGGAUGGUGUGUGUUCUGACGGGGAGGACAUGGCCUCUGCUCCGCCUGUAGCCAUGGAAAUUAUAGAACCAAAGAUUUCAAACUAUGGCCUCCUGGGUAAAAAUGACAAAGCUACAUCAGGGGAAUAUAUGUUACAGCAAAGACUCAAGAGGGAAAGCACCUCAAGUGCUAAUUCAGGAAAUAACUCUGUUGAAAGUGCUUUUGGUGUGAAAUUACGUCAAGCCCAAAGUGAGUCUCAGUCACAAACACAUGCAGAUGAGAACUCAAACUUUAGUAGUCAGCCAAACCAGCCAGAUAAAGGUCUGCCUCAAGAAAGUGUUCAAAACAAUGGGAUUAGUUCACAGAGUGCUCAAAAUUGUGUUCAGAUAAGUAAUCCAAAUACAGACAGUGGAUUUACCAAAACUAGGCCAAGUGAUGAACCUGAGACACAUAGAAAGGACUCAACAGGUAGUGGUCGUAGUGUGGAUCUGAGUGCUUCCACAUCCAGUUUAGACUCAAACACAUUACCAUUUGCCAAUGAGAAUGUAGGAACCAUUAAACAGCGGGCUCAGCAAGCUAAACCUUCUCUAGUCAUGUUUAUGGAGCAUGGUGACGUGUCCCAGGAUGGGGAAAGCCUUGAAAGAGGGGACACUGUGUUCGUGGACAACACUGACACAAUGAAGCGGGCCCCGUGUAAGGUCCCAAAACCCCAGCAGCCUUCUGUACAGCAGCUACAGGGUCAACAACCGCCCGUGAUGCCAAAACCCCAGACUUAUCAACAGUCAGCCAGUGCCAUUGGUGCCCAUACUGCUGUGUCUCCCCAGCAGCCCCAGGCUCCUGGGAGCCCCCCGUCCUCCAUUUCCAGGGUGGGGCCAGGCUCCCCACCCCCACAGCAGCACUACAAUGCCAGUGUGACCGCCUCAUAUGUGCCAACAGCUCAGUCCAGUCUGCAGAACAAAGGUAUGGUGAAACCAGCCUGCCCUCAAAAACCCAGGCCAAAGCCAGCUGUGUCGCCUAAACCACAGCCUAAACUGGCUGGAAGCACUCCUGGGGCCCAGAAGGGUAGCGGGAAGAAGUCUGGGGACGUGCUCAGUGAGAUUGACACCAUGUUGCAGGGACUCACAGACGAACUAGAUGCUAUGUUAGAGUUUGACAUCCCUGAGUGACCCAGCCAUGGCUCCCCUGAGCCCCUGUAGGGAGGAGGACUCAAUUACUUGAGCCAACAGGUGCUGGCUCUUCACAGAAAGUGUAGGCAAGAUGGCCAUACAAUUUGUGAAUAUUAAAGAAGACAGCAGCUAGUUCACUGUGUUCAAAUUCUUGUAAACACUUCGGUGACAGUAUUUAACAAAAGAGGCUCAUUUAUCAUACAGCAUUCUGUUGAUAAAUUUGAAAGAAAAAACUAAGGGAAUACUGUUGUUAUUGUUAGUGUUUGUAAAUAGAGAUUUGUAGGGAGCCAAAAGUGAAUGUCCUUGUGACAGUGUGGCUGUGACCCUUGUGACACUGUGGCUGUGAUCCUGACAGUGUGGCUGUGAUAACUACCUGCUUUUGCUAGUCAAGGUCAUAGAGGAGCCCCUUGAUAAAGGUCAAGGAUGCUGACUGUUGUGCUGGGAACCAUGCUGUACACAUCUUGUUUGUUAAAUCUGGCAUAUAUAUUUGUACAGUACAGAACUACAAAUGCCUGGUGUUAAGUGAAGAUCACAAUCAACUAUCAAUAUAAAUGAUAAGUUUGUGCUCUGCAGUGAUCAAAUCCUACUCUUGGAACAAUGUUCUGUUGUUUUAUUUCAAGUGAUGAAAAUAUAGUCAGAAUUAUUUAGCAAACAAAUACAGAACACUUGCAAUGACUCAUGCAUAUAACAAAUCUUUAAUAAAAUACUGAUGUGUUACUUUUCUUUUCCAAGUAACCUAGAACCUAGAAACAUUAAUGACUAAAUUUUGAAUGGAGUCUUUAUCUCUUUUUUGAGCAAGGCCCAGGCUGUACAUGAAGAGAUUCUUUAGAAACACUUCUUAUCAGUAGAUGGAUGAUAAAAGAUGGAAUUUGAAACAGGAUGUUGUUCAUUUUUUCCUAAACACACACUAGACCUUUUAUCUGUAGAAUUUGCAUGUAGAUAUCUGUUGGCUGGGUUUUAUUGGAAUCUUAUUUGAGAGGUGUAAUCUGCGGGUUCCUAUGUAGAAUCAAAGUGCAUUAUAGAUGGUAUACGAGUGUCUAUAUCCAACCCCUGGGCAGGGACAGCUGCUGUGUGGGGCUUGUGGAGGCUGGGACUGUGCCUAGGUACCUUCCUCCUCACCCCUUACCAGUAUCUCAACCCCAUUGGGAGGAUCACAGCUAUGCGGGGUAAAGGCUGAUGCCCCCUUCAUCCUGCCCCUGCUUAAGCAUCGUGACGUGCCCGGGCUUGGAGCACUGUAUCAGUGUUUGGGAAAAACAGGUCUGAUGACUCACUUUAUACUCGUGGAUUCAUAUGAUAACUCUUUUUAAUUAAAGCAGAUACAUGUCAGUGCUUCAAAGUUGCUGAAAGAUAUGACUGGGGGGUUCAAUCCAUCUGGCUCUAUCCGACAACCUCUCAAUAUCUUUCAGCUAUUUUUUUCAAUUUCGAGAAGUAUUGAAUGACUGACAGUAUUGAAUGAGAACUUCAGAUUUCUUUGUCCUGGUAAUUUAUGCGGAAGAUCUUCUAUAAAUGCACUUUAAAACUAUCACAUACCAGUAUGCAUUGCCUGGUUCCCUUUUUCUUUUUGUUGAUUAUGAAUAUGUCAAAAGGUAUCACAUGCAUACAUUAUGUAAAAGAAAUUUGUAAAUUGAUGUACAGUAAACAUGAACUAUGUAAAAUGUUGUUAGUAAUUAUUUAUUUGACUUUGUUAAUGAUAAGAAGCCAUUUAUAAUGUUUCUUGUUCAGAACUCGGUAGACAAAAAGUGUGAAGAGAUGGGUUGUGAAUGAAGGGAGAUAACUGCUCUACACUGUAGACGUGGAUCUCCACAGUGAUCAUACUUGAAUCUCAGUGGAGGUUUCCCGACUGUAGCUCAUAUGUGCAAUAUGUUUUGUAAUUUGAUGGCCAGUUUAUAGGUAGUAUCGAUUAAACUGAUAUCAGAUAGAAUGAAUUAGAAUGUUUUGAUCAAAUAAAGUUUCAGUACUUGUUACGAUAUUACAUCAAAGAAAUAACUCCAUUUAGAACUGAUGAUGCACAUUUUUCAUAUUGAAUCAAACAGUCAUGAGCACACAAGGAAUCUUGGUUAGAUUUGUUUUUUUAGCCAUAAGGUAUUUUCACUGUGACUUUUAUAUAUAAGUUUUUUUUAUUGAUUGUUUGCUUUAAAAAUAACUUGCAGAUACAAAAACAAAAAUACAGAAACAAAACUGCAUCAGCCUUUUCCACACAUCUUCUGCCAUUUGCUUAAAACUUAACAUUGUUAAGCCUGCAAGGACUACAUAACUUUUGGAAUUAAUUAUUUUUUUGGCUAUGAUUAUCCUGCCUGUUUAAUCACUGGAAGCAUGUAUCACUGGAAGCAUGUUUUAUUUUUUGAUUCUAAGAUAUUUUGAAUGAACAUCAAUCAGCGCUGGACCAUGCUGUUGUUGUUUUAUAAGGCUGUUUAAAGGGUCUCUGGAGCGACUGGGUGCGCAAUAAUAUAUAUGAAUAUAUUGAUUGAAAUUGUGCUUUGGCAUUUUGCAUAAUAAUCCAUGUGUACCAAAUAUCUGUGUGUUAAUCUUGAUUAGUGUAUUUAUCAUAUCUACAUGUACACACAGCUACUGAAAUGAACAAGGGAAUACAAAUAAAUAACUUAGAAAUCA